AUUCACACUCAGAACCUUGCCUUGAGCAGCAAACCAAACUCAAUACCUGCGACACUAUGAGCUACUAUGGCAACUACUACGGAGGUCUCGGCUAUGGCUGUGGAGGCUUCGGUGGCCUGGGCUAUGGCUAUGGCUCUGGAUGUGGCAGCUUCCGCAGACUGGGCUAUGGCUAUGGCUGUGGCUAUGGAGGCUACGGAUAUGGCUCUGGCUUUGGAGGCUAUGGAUACGGUUCCUGCUACCCAUCAUACUAUGGAGGGUAUGGAUUCUCUGGAUUCUAUUAAACUACUGCCCCAGCAACACAGUGUUUCAAAUUACAAGAGGACAUCCCAAAGGUGACUUCAACCAUUGGACAACAAAGGUCAUGCUGGAGCUAUUUGCACAAAAUAAUUUAACAUCUCAGAACUUCAGGCAAUUUUGCCAUUUACACCCAUAUCUCUAUCAUAAUCCUAGUAUCCUCUACUUUUGCUUUUAUAACUGGUUGAAGUAUCUAUUUGUCUUCCAAUAAAACAUUCUAAUUUGAAAAUACAA